GGUUGGAAAAGAUGGCAGAUCCAGGUUUUCACUCUCGUGCUGAUAUUCCUGACCAUCUUCGUGAAGCAGUCGAUCGUCACAUCUCAGAUAUGUUUCCUGGUGAAAUGCAUAAUGAUUUACGUUCUAAGCUGAAAGAAAUGUGGAAGACUAUCUUCAUUUCGUCGAUGAUAAGAACGGGACGUGGUCUUGCUGAUCAGAUGCGUGAUAUGGUUUCUCUUUUGUCAAUUGAGUUGAAGAAGCAGCCAUGUGCUUGCAAGAGAAAGGAGCCUGAAACUGGAAAUGUUGUUGGAGGUAGUUCUGUGGCACAGAAGGGUGAUGGCAAUGCAGACACUGAUUCUGAUUAUUGUCUUGAGGAUUGUUGUCUUGAGCGUUCGGGGCCAUGUACAUGCAAGGGAAAGGAGCCUGAAACUGAAAAUGUUGUUGGAGGUAGUUCUGUGGCUCAGGAGUAUGAUUCCUAUGCAGACGGCGAUUCUGAUGAUUGUCUUGAGCUUAAGGAGCUAUCUGGGGAAGAGGAAGUCCCUGUAACUGCUUUGCAUAGAAUGUUGUUUGCUGAUGUACUUGAGGCUCCUAGGAAUUACAUUGAAGGUUCCGAGAAAAUACUUGAAGUUGGUGGUAAGUCUGUCAGCUGGCAUAGUUUCUACCUUGCUAUGAAGGGUGGUGGUUUCAUGGAUCCUUCUGUUAUGGAUGUUUUUCUUAAGUGCGUUGAUGAUGGUCUUGAUUUCUUAUUUAUUCCGAGCUCUUUGGCGCAUAUUCUUGAUGUGGAUGAGGCUGACCCUAUUCAUCUUGCUGCAAGCUUUGGUGAACAUGAUCUGAAGUACUAUAGUUUGGAUAGGGAAGAGGCAUGUUUGUCAUGUUUUGUUUGGCGCUUAUAUUUUUUCUACUACAAGUAUCGUGGAUGCUUUCUUAUUUCUCGUGUGAUUGUUUAAUUUCAAACAGGUCUACAUUACUUGUUGCGAUUACAGCCAUUGGUGGGUUAUCUUUGUCGACUUCCAUUUCAGGAAAUUUAGAGUGUCUAGCUCGCUGGAGUUGACUGAAGCUCAGAUGGCUUCUACUCAAAG